CAGCUGUAGCGACCCCGCGACCUCUAACACUCGAGAGCAAAAUUCAAACGUAAACAUGUCCGGGCUGUAGGGAGCGCUCAGCAUUGGUAGACUAUUUGGGCCUAAAUUUGGUGUUUUUUGAUAGUUUCUGGUAUCCAGGAUGGAAUAUAUCUCCUCGGAAAAUUUACACAAUGGUGGUGACGAUGGAGGUGAUGACCCGUUGAGUGGUAGGUGCACUGCAACCCCUCAGCGGCAAAGGCGCCCUCUACAACAGCUAAAUUUUCCAGUUGUAGCAUCUCCUAGGCCAAAUGUAACUCCAUACAAGUAUCAUAGAUGUCGUGUAAUACUAGAAGAAACUGAAAAUGAAGAAAAUAUAAACCCUUCCAUGAAACAAGCAAAAAAUAGUGGAUUUCGCUCCAGAAUGAAGUCAAAUGCAUCAUCCAGUGAAAACACACCGAAAGACGAGUCAUCACCUUUUGCGUAUCCUUUGAUCUGGGAGACGCACCAGGUCGUCACCUCCUCCCCGUCUGUGGUCAGCCAAGGUGACCCAGUGGCUUCGGUGUCCGGCCUGGAAACCCGAGGCCAGGGGGGUUCCAUCGAGAAAAGCAAGCUGCCAAGGCAAGACAUGGGUGAGGAUUUAGCCAGCCUGGAAACCAAACUGGACAGAGUUAAUGCCCUUGAGAAAGAGAAUGCCAAAGGAGGAGCUGCAGCACCAGGGGAGAAAGGGAACUGCAGGAGCACACCCAGCACCUCGACCAGCUGUAGCAGCAGCAAGAUCGGCCUUGGAAACGUCAGCAGCCUGAGUCACUUUGGGCCGAUGGUUACCCCUUCCAAGACGACUCCUACGCCUCCGCCUUCUGAUAGACCCGUAUUCUUAACUCCGUCAGAGAGAUUAAAAAAAAUGGGUGAUUGCCGAGGAGCCAUGACACCACAACGUCGUAAAGCUAACCACCAGGUCAACCCCUUUGAGGUGGCUGCCGAAUGUCUCCACCUGCCUGCCGUCAGCCCGUCACUCUUUCGCCAAGUUGUAUCCCCUAGUCAGAAGGUAGACAGCAACUUCCAUUGGUCUAUAGAUCAGCUGGCGGUACUACAUCCUGCGAACAUUGAAACCUCGCCCUACAAUCAGGCGGACAUUCAGCAUGACCCUGAUUACGAGCGCCAGGCGCAGGAUGCCAUUGAUAGGUUCUUUAACCAUCACUCUGUUGUCCCAAGUCCUUGGACUGGAAGCCAGAAGUCUGUUAACCUUCUCCAGAUGGUAUGCACCCCAGUCCACCCAGUAUCUAGUCAACCAACACCUCGAACUAAUACAGUUUGGUGCCAAACAGAGCUGUCAAUUCCUCCUGUCUUACCAGACGUUGUUGAGGAAGCAUUAAAACCCUUCUGUACAUUUACACAGGACCAGUUCUGGCAGGGUAGCUGUGAAGAUGAAGGGACAAGUCUCAACAACACAACACUGCGCCGGAAGCUGCUCUUUAGCCAAGACGAAUUGCUCAAUGCUACACCAAUGUGUAGUCCUCGUGGUGCAGACACCCCAGACCCUGACAGUAGACCACCUUCGCCCACUGUUCCUUUACCCUUAGACGAUGAGGAUGAAGUACCCAUUAUAAGUGAAGAAGAAGAUGAUCACAGAAAUCUGUUGUGGUGUGGAACCAUCAUCAAUCGUGGAGAGAUAGGAACCUCGAGCAAAGAUCCACAGUUGGCCAGGCACCCUCCACCAACACCACCGUCUCGCAUGUCAUACUUGCCGAGUGACAAGCCCUUCAGUGAGCCAUUUGCUUUCAGGAGGCCAGAUAAGGAUCAAAGUGAUAGUCCCAUGAUACAAUGUUCACCAAAUCUGUCUCCGGUUCAAGCUCAGCAGAGCAGCGAAGGGCCAGUACUUAUCACCUCGCCAGAUGUGUCACCCAUUCAUUGCCAUCAGUACAUUACUAUUCCAAGUCCCAGAGACAUGUUCAUCUCUGCAUCAUCUCACAUCAGUGAAGAUACUUCCUUUCAUGAUCCAGUUCUAGGACAGCCCCUACCAUCUUUUAGAGUUUCUUCCAGUCAAGACCAUGCUGUAUCAUGUACAGAAACAAGUGCCAAGGACAGUCCCUCCUGUAGUUUGCCUUUCCACACAGCAUUAUACUCAGAUUCAGUUUUACACAAUGAGGAGAUGCUGCCAGCUUCACCACGUUCAGGUUGCUUACAGAGUUCAUACUUUACAAUGAGAUUACAACAAAGUUUAGAGUUUUCUGUAAAGUGCCAGGAUUCAUGCAAUAAAGACAAAAGCUGUGAGAGUAUUCAUGAAUGUGUUACAGGCUCAGAUUUAAGCAGUGAAACUAGUCAUGGUGGUGUUAUUGAAAGACGAAUUGACAAGGAGAACAGUGGUGGCUGUUUGAGAACUACACCAAAGAUUAAGAAAAUACCUUCACCGUGUAGGAUCUUAAACAAUAUUCCAUGUAGUGAAAUUUCAUCUGAGAUAAAUUGUGAAGCACCAGCACAAGAACAGAUAUGGAAACAAGAGCCAGAAGAAGCGAAGGAGAAUUUAAUUCAGGAAUCUAAUGAAAAUCAGCAGAAAACACCUGCAAAGACAGCUGCUGAGCAAAGGAGCAACUCGGGUCACUUCUCUUCUAGUCCUAUCCGGGAAGAUGGCAAUAGUCCUCUCGCAAUGGACACACCAAGAAAGAGAUUUUCUUCCUCGCCUCCACUCUCACCUAUCCUUUGUAGGUCCCUCAUGUUCCCCCCACAUCAAGAGAAUCAUCACUUGAGGUCUCAACCCAAAUCUCAAUUCAGCUUGUCACAGUCAACUCAUAUGAGCAUUGAUAUAGAUGGAAAAAGCUGCAUAGAAGAAGAGAUAAUGAUGGAUGAUGAAAGACUAGGCUUAACUUCGAGCACAAGACAUGUUGGCCAAUCCCUGCAACAGCCCCGUACCACUACCACUACCACCCUCCGUAGGUCCUUGUCAGUGUGUGACAUGGAAACUGACUCUCUUGAGGUGAAUGUGAGUGGGGAAGUGCCAUCACAGGAUACAGGAUAUGUAACUGGUAGCCUGCACUCAACCAACUUCAGCAUGUCAACAUUUGGAAAUGAUAAUGGCACAACUUCAUCCCAGACUCAUCUAAAAGACUGUCAUGUAAACAAUUUGGCAAAUACUACUGGUUUAUCUAUUGAUCCUUAUACUUCCAAGGUUGUAUGUAAUACUGAAGGGGGAAGUGUUUGGAAGGGAAGCUUGUAAUUUGGGGUAUCACACUCCUCACGGUGAAGACUAUUUUAGUUGAUGAAAUGAACUUUGUACUAUUAAAGACAUUUUUGAUAUAUUAUAUUGUCUUUCUGUAAUUUAUUUCUAAUGGUACCAAAGCAGUAUUCAUGGAACAAAUAUUGUCUGUUGUUAUGGAUCAAACUAUACUUAAUGUUGCUAGGAUAUAUUUGGUAUUUGAAUUUAUAGUAGACAUACUGAUAAAUUUUCAGUCUGGGUGCUGUCAUAAAACAACUCUGGUACAGAGUUUUUUUCUACUAAAUAUUUUCAAUUGCACUGCCCAACCAUAUCUUUGUUUUCUUGCUGUAUAUUAUAUUGUUGUGAUAUAUAUAGUCUGUCUCUCUUUUUCUUGGUGUCACUUUCCUGAUUUUUUUCUGUGUUCAUUAGUAUUAGAAAGAAUGAUCUAUAUACCUGUCCUUUGAUAAAUUAUGUAUCUUGACCACCUGUCAUGUGUUCAGUGUGUUACUGAUUUUCGUGCAGCUGUGAUGGUUGAUCUCUCUAACCAGCUAAUUCUCAGCAAUUUAUGGUGCAUGUUCAUACUUUUUUACUUCUGGACAAAUGAUGCUAAUUGGCAUACACUUUUGUUUAGAUUGUGGUUAAAUGGUAUUAUGUAGCAGAAAGUAGUAUUAGUGACAAAAAUAAGAUUCUUAUUUGAUGUCAGAACUGUAGGCUCACACUUCAUGUAGAAUUCAUUUAUUGUAGAACUCAUUUAUAUUCAAAGAUAUUGCAAGAUUAAACUCUGGUUGUAAGUAAUGUUUAUUAUGUGACCAACAGAUUACCAUAUUCUUACUUCAAUGUAAAUAAUUAGAUGGCACAAAAAUGUUUUACAUUCCUUGUAAAAUUAUUUUUAAAGCACUAAUUAAAGCAGUUAAAGCAGGUCAAAAUACAAACCUUGCACUUGUAUAAGUACUUUGGAUAUAGUGUUGUACUCAACCACAACUGGUUGAAACAUUAUAAUACAUAAAUUAACAAACAUUAUGGAUCUAGUUUAAACCAUUGAUGCUGGAAGCGCAUGCAUUUUUGCACGGUCCUCUGGUUUAUUUUAUGGAUUUUCUCCCAGGCACAAUUGUUAUUUUUGUUACUAUCAUUAUUGUUAAUAGCAUUACAUUAAUAAUGAUAAUAAUUAAGCAUGUAACAAUGAAAUUUGUAAUAGAAAUAAAACUGUAUUUCCAAAAAAAUUCAUGAAAUGGGGUAGACAGGUGAGAUCAGGCAGACUUUAAAUGAUUCCUUGGUGACUAAGUGCUUGUGAACCUAUCUACGUAUUAACAAACUCAAUAUAGCAAAACCACAGUGUACAGAGCAUCUACCUUGUACCAAUGGGUUAAAUUUGGCUCUUAGGGUACCAUGUUACACCUUUCAUAUUGUACAUUGUGAUCAUAUGUGAAGGAAUAUCCUUCAGAAUGUAUGUUGUGUGUAUGUGCAUAUGUAUGUUUAAGUUUUUUUCUAGUAUGUGUAUUACCUCUUCUUUUUUCCUGUCUCUGAGAAGCUAAAUACCUAUAAUCCACAUGGGGAUCUGUGUUGCAUGCCAUCGUUUAUUACCUUUGUGGACAGUGUAGAUGGUAUUAUUUUACAGUUAUAGGUACUGAUUGCCACUUUGUGAUAUUGUUUUUAAACUUGGUAUUUACAUAUUUUAUGCAGGAAGAAAGAUAUGCUCAAAAUGGUUGUGCAGGUUGUUUUUGUUAACACAUAAAGAGCAUGUUUUGUGAUUUAUGUAAUGCCACCCCUUAUAUACAUUUUAGAUUUAUUUUUACCCUUAUUGCAAUAUCAUUGUUUUUAUUUGUAGAAGUGCCAAUAGCAUGUAACCUAUGUGCCACAUUUCAUGUAGUUGUCUACACUGUUGCAAUAUGUUGACACUGCUGCUCAAGUACAUAAUGCUCUCUGAAGUACUUGACUCAAUGUGGUUGGAAUAAAGUCAUUGGAA